AUGAAGGUCGACGGCAAAACCCUCCUCGUCGCGGCAUCGCUCUUCAUCGGCCUGGGCGCGGCGGCGGCGGCCGCCUCCGCCUCCGAAGCAGAGGUGUUCCUGGCCGAGAACCCCCACGUCCAAGUCGGCCGCGAAGCCCUCGCCGAGGCCGAGGCGAGCGCCGGCCCCAACACCUUCAGCGUGGUCAACAAGCCCGCCGGCAACGUGGUCAUGGUGCAGGAGUACGACGCCGACACCCACAAGCUCGUCUACGCCGUUGCGCUGGUCGACGACGCCAAGGCCGAGCAGUACUACAAGAAGCACAACAAGGGCGGCGACGUCAAGGGCAAGGUCAUGAAGCGCUACGGCAGCUCCGCCGAAAGGUGCGGCCGCUCCGAGGCCGCCGACGAGCCUCGCGUCAUCUUCGAGCGCGCCUCUCGCUGUGGCCAGUUCUGCAGCCGCAGCCCGAGCUGCACGGCGCAGAGGCGAUGCCCGUCCUGCCGGUACGUGGGUGGGAACUGCCGGCACCAGCUGAGCUGCCAGCCUCGAAAUGUCUAA